AUGGCCAACUUUCUCAUAUUUUUCUCUGCUCUCUUGUUUCUCUCCACUCCAGUAUCAUCCCAACUCAAUGAACUCUUUUUUCCGGGAUUCAAAGAUUUGAGCACCGACAUAACCUUACGUCGAGAAGCAAAAAUAAGGAAAAGUGGCAUUCUUUGCUUAACAAACUAUACCUCUCGUGUACAGGGUCAAGCCUUCCAUAGCUCGCCGAUCCAGUUCAAGAACUACACAAAUGGACAAGUCUUUUCUUUCUCUACCUCUUUUGCUCUAGGUAUUGUCCCUGAAUAUCCAGAACUUGGUGGCCAUGGCCUCGCCUUCACGAUCUCAACAUCUAAAGACCUCAUAGGUCUUCCAAGUCAGUACCUAGGCCUCUUUAAUUUAACCAAUUUGGGAAACUUUUCAGAUCAUUUAUUUGCUGUUGAGUUUGAUACAGUUCAAGAUUUUGAGUUCGGAGAUAUUGACGACAACCAUGUUGGCAUCGACAUCAACAGCUUGAAUUCGAAUGUCUCUUCAACUGCAGCCUACUUCGAUGACAGUUCAACGAAACAUAAUUUGAAUCUCAAGAGUGGAGCACCAAUCCUGGCUUGGAUCGAUUACGAUGCAUCUGAAAAUUUGUUAAAUGUCACCAUCUCUCCAAAUUCUUCCAGACCAAAAUUGCCCCUCUUGUCUUUUAACGUCAAUCUUUCGGCAAUCUUUCAUGAGUUCAUGUAUAUUGGCUUCUCUUCUGCAACAGGACUGCUUGCUAGUUCUCAUUAUAUUUUAGGCUGGAGUUUUAAAAUCAAUGGAGAAGCUAGAGCUCUUGAUCUCUCUUUCCUUCCUCCAAUCCCGGACAAGAAAAAGCAGACAGUUCCUGAGAUAUUGAAAUGGACGGGGAUUUCACUUGCUAUCGUGGUUGGAUUAAUCGUUAUGCUCGUCUUGGGUAUCUUUUUCUUCAUUAGAUGGCGAACAUUUCGACUAGAAGCAAAGUUUAUGUUUGACUUAAUGAGUGAAGCAAAGGAGCUUGAGAUCGAUGGAAAGAAAGGCGUCAAUUUGAAAGUAUAUAAAGUGUCAUCCAUUAUGCUAGCUACAGAUAAUUUCUCAUCUGAAACUAAACUUGGAGAGGGUGGUUUUGGACCUGUUUACAAGGGUUUGUUGCCUGACGGGCAAGAGGUAGCAAUAAAGAGGCUAUCAGGAAGAUCCAAACAAGGCCUAGUGGAGUUCAAGAAUGAACUUCUAAUUGUAGCUAAAUUACAGCACACCAAUCUGGUGCGGCUCUUGGGUUUCUGCAUUCAAGGGGAAGAGAAAAUAUUGGUCUAUGAAUACAUGCCAAAUAAAAGCUUGGACACAUAUAUUUUUGAUGAAUCUAAAAGGAAUUUGUUUGAUUGGAACAAAUGUUUUAACAUCAUUGAAGAAAUAGCUCACGGACUACUUUAUCUACACAAGUAUUCAAGAUUGAGAAUAAUUCAUAGAGACUUGAAAGCCAGCAAUAUAUUACUAGAUAAAGAUAUGAAUCCCAAGAUAUCAGACUUUGGUAUGGCAAAAGUGUUUACCAAAAGUCAAUCUGAAGCAAAUACGAAUAGAAUUGUAGGCACACGUGGUUAUAUGGCUCCUGAAUACGCUAUAGAUGGCAUCUUUUCUGAGAAAUCUGAUGUAUUCAGUUUCGGAGUUCUAGUUUUGGAGAUCAUAAGUGGUAGGAGUUGCAACAACAUUAUCUUUUAUGAUGGUCAGCCUCUUAACCUGAUUGCAUAUGCAUGGCAGUUGUGGAAGGAAGGUGUGGCCACAGGACUAAUGAAUCCAACACUACGUGAUUCAUACUGUGAGGACCAAGUUUUGAGAUGUAUAAACUUGGCCUUGCUUUGUGUUGAACACAAUCCAAUGGACAGACCUAUCAUGUCAGUUGUUAUUUCUAUGUCAACAAGUGAAGGUGUAAAAUUGCCAGUGCCAAAACAGCCUGCAUUUUCCAUUGAAAGAAAGAUUGUUGUGGACAAUGCGAGUGGAAUAAACAGGGCAGAGAAUACAGACAAUAACUUAACCAUAUCAGUAAUGGAUCCACGAUAA